AUGGAAGACCAGGUUCUUGGUUUGCAGCUGAAAUUUCCGAAGAAGCGACUCUGUGGUUCUUCAAAAGGAUGGUUAAUAGCUAUGAAUAUGGAUUUAGUAGUGACUCUUAUAAAUCCGUUUUUAAGGGUGAAAGGGAGGCAAAAGAGAGCAGAUUCCAUCAUCCAUCUUCCUCCUCUAGCUUGUCCAGAUCGUCUGCUUGACCGGGUAAAGGCUGAGUUUGUAAAUAAGGCGACAUUGUCAGCAGAUCCAAUAUUAGAGGCCGAUAAAUGCAUUGUUAUGGUCAUAUAUGAGCCAACUGGUCAUGAUUUGGCUUUCAUUAGACUCAACAAAGAUUCAUCAUGGACUUACAUUGUUGAUGAAAAAUUUAGCUCUCUCCAAGAUGUUGUUCAUGUUGGAGAUAAGUUUUAUGUUGUUGAACAAAUGGGAAGACUUUUUUCUUUUGAUAUUACUACUGAUCAAUCCAUCUCUAAUAAACAAUUGGUUGCUGGCGAUACCUUGGAAGAUUUCGAAUACGAAGUAAAGACAUAUAUCGUGGUUUUAGAUGAUAACGAAUGGUUGAUGGUUCAAAGGGUUGUUGAAUUUGAUCAUGGUGGUCGUUGGACAAAGGAAGUUAGGAUAUUUAAAUUGGAUUUUGACAAGUACAAGUGGAUUGAGACAGAAACCUUAGGUGAUGUUGCUCUAUUUUUGGGCGAUAACUUUUCGAUAUCUGUCAAGGCCUUGAAUUUUUCAGGAUGUCUGCCAAAUUGCAUAUACUUCAACUAUGAUUUUGAUCGUAUCAACAGUUAUCCAAAGAACCGCAUAUAUGAUGAUUAUGGCGUGUACAACAUUGAAAGUCGAAGCUUUUCGCAGGCUUACACCCAAGAGGCUAAGAGACUUUUGGAGAAGACCAUGCAACCUCCAUAUUGGGUCGUGCCUACUUUGCAGUUGUAA